AUGGCCAUCCAAUUGAGAGCUUCUUCCUCAUUCUCUUCUGUUCCUUUUUCCACCCGUUCAUACACACACGAUGUGUUUCUGAGUUUCAGGGGCGAGGAUACUCGCUACGGUUUCACAGAUGAUCAGCUUCCAAGAGGAGAGGAAAUAUCAGAAACACUUCUCCGAGCCAUUGAAGGAUCAAAGCUCUCCCUCAUCGUCUUCUCCGAAAACUAUGCAUCCUCAAAGUGGUGUUUGGAUGAACUAGAACAUAUCCUUGAAUGUAGAAGAUCAAAGAACCAAAUGGUUCGGCCAAUCUUUUACAAAGUGGAUCCAUCGGACGUAAGACACCAAACAGGCAAAUUUGGUGAGGCAGUUGGAGAGCACGAACGCAGAUUCAAGGAUGACAUGGACAAGGUGUUAAGAUGGAGAGCAUCUCUUUCAGAAGCAGCAAAUUUAUCUGGGUUGCGUUUCUCGGGCACCGGGUAUGAAUAUGCAUUUAUUGAUAAAAUUGUUGAAGAGAUUACCGCACAAGUAAAAGAACCUAUCUGUUUGGAUAUGCCAAAGUGCCAAGUUGGGCUAGACUCUUAG